AGCUGAUCCCGCUUACCGUCAACUCUCGCGAGAGUCACAAGGGUAUAGAGGCUGGGAUAUGAAGUUUAAAAAAAAAAAACGACAGGACUUUGUAGUUUGUGUUUCACUCUUCGUGGUCACAUGGCGAGAUAGAGCUUUCAUCCCCGCUGUGCUGACAGCACAACAUUAAAACGCCUCAACCGGAACCACAUCUCCGUGUCAUUAGAUGCUAGCUCGCGGUAAGUUUGUCAACAGCCGUUAUUUUGUAUUUAUAUGUGCGUGUGUCUAAAGGCGUGCGUGUUUGUUUGCGUGUGUCUCCGGUUAAUUAUGGGUCGGAAUCUGCAGCAGGCUGCAAGUCGAUGCGGGGUAAAAUUACCGAGGGACCAGCUGGUCCCGUCCUGACAAGAUUUAUUUUAAAGUAGGAACUGAAAAACAAACAGAAACAGAGGAAAUAUAGGACAUAUUGAGAGAAAAAGUCACUCAAAGUGUGGAAACUGGAGAAAACAGAUAAAACAAGAGUUCAGAAAAUAAAGCUUAAAUAUAACAAGCAGCUUAAGGCCUUAAAGUUGGUUUAAAAAAAGUUGUAAAAUACACCCCAAACAGCCCAGAAUACACUUUAAUUUAAAGUUAACUAAUAUGUAAAGGUGAGUAAUUGCAUAGUUAGCCCUUAAAUUCAGCAAUAAAGUUUAAAAACCAGAGCUGGAUGGUCGCCAAAAAUUAUGAAUAAUAUUUUAUAUAUUGCAAAAACAAAUCUAAGUCUGUGUCUAAAGUAAACUUUUAUUUUCUAAUAGUUUUAGUUAAACUUUAAAAAUGAAGUUCACUCACUAUAAGAAUACAGUAUAACAUGCAGUAGUUGUGUGUAAACUUAAACCUUACUUACUUACUUAAACCUCUAGGAAUUUAAGGUAGUCCAUGUGUUUAGAAAUGUCUCCUCCCCCCUUUCCUCUUCCUCCUCCCCAAAGGAGGAGUAGUGAUUUGAACGCUGGGAGACUGGCGUGUGUUUUCGACAGUGAAACUGUAAACUGGCCGGGCUUUAGUUUAACUUGUGGGAUGCGAAAUUAAAAGCAAGUAACUGGUUUCAGCAUUUAAUUGUCCCCGACAUCGUCCCUCGUCGUGAUGGAUGCAGAGGUGGUUCUACAGGAGGAGGACAUGGACGGCUCCUGGUCGCUGCUGUCCUGGCUGGCCUCCUGCAUCAUGGUGUUCGGAGGAGCCGUCCCUUAUGUGCCUCAGUACCAGGAGAUCCUCAGGAGCAGCAACACCGAGGGCUUCUCCACCAGAGUCUGCCUGGUGCUGCUCGUCGCAAACAUCCUGCGCAUUUUCUUCUGGAUAGGGAAGCAGUUUGAGACGACUCUGCUGCUGCAGAGCGUGGUCAUGAUCCUCACCAUGUUUGCCAUGCUUCACCUCUGCUGCACCGUCCAGAACACCAACCGAGUCAGCACCAGGCAGCACAGACUCUCAGAUCUGAGCCUGCAGCACUUCUGGAGGUGGACUGCGUUCGAGGACUACCUGCUCUUCUGCUUCGGCUUCACCGUGCUGUGCGCGGUGGUCACCCUGCUGCUGCUGGACUCCGCCCUGUUCGUGGAGACGCUGGGUUCUCUGGCCGUGAUGUUCGAGGCCAUGCUGGGCCUCCCGCAGCUGCUGCAGAACCUGCAGAAUCGCUCCACCAGGGGCAUGAGUGUGAAGAUGGUGCUGCUGUGGACGGCGGGCGACGUCUUCAAGACCACCUACUUUGUCAUCAACGACAGUCCGCCUCAGUUCUGGGUGUGCGGCUCGGUCCAAAUUCUGAUCGACGGCGCCAUCCUCCUCCAGGUGCUGCUCUACAACCAGGACUCACGGGUCAAGCUGGGGUGAAACGGGGGCCGUCUCUGUCUGAGCACAUGUUGAGCCUCCAGAGAAAACAGUCGGGAUUCUUACCUGGAGGUGGCGUCGGCCUCCGUUUUCAGGCAGUUCUUUUUUUAGUAAUUUGCCUCCGAGCGCUCAGUCAUCACCCGUCUGACUCCCACUUCACACUCCUCACCCGACUGAACGGUUCUCCUGUGUGUUUGUGUGUGUGUGUGUGUGUGUGUGAAAUAGAUUUCUGCUGUUGGCGUGCGAGUCAAGGUAACUCGUGCACAGACCAUCAAUCUGUGUGUAAUGACUCGCUGGCUUCAGUGAUGUGACUGACAAACGACUCCACACCAGGCUCGGCUCUUUACUUCACUCUCCAAACCUUUUUUCCUUCCUGCGAAAAAACCAAACAGCUCAAAUGUAUUUAUUUGUUUUGCCAAGAUUUGAGUCUAAGUUACGACAAUCCUGACCUACUGAGACUUGGUUACUGAUGACAGGCGUGUGUUUUUACUGGUAAAUCCAGUGUGUGACAUCACACUGGUCUGCUUGAAUUAAAUCCACCAGUUAACGUUGUAGCUAACAGAUUUAUAUAUAUCAGACACAGUGAUCUGCUAACAGACAAGCCAAAGAAAAGCACGUUUGUAAUAAUGCUGCGCUCACUUUAGUCGUUCUUAGCUAACUCUUAGAUAUGUUUGAGAUUAUGUGGGCAAACCUUACCUUUUUGUUAGCAAAUGUAAAAUGAUAGUUAGCCAUUAGCACGUCGACUGGCUGCUAAUGCACAGGAGCCAAUACAAUUUUAACUUUUUAAAUUUAUAUAAAUAUAUAUAUAUAUAUUCAUUCUAUUUUAAUUCGUCAUUAGUUGAACCAUAAAAUCGCUUUUUUUUUGCAAUUUCAUUUUGUGGCUCAACUGUUGGCUCAGCUGGUGGUGUUCAGCCGUCCAUCUGUAAAGAUCAGUGUUAACCUGCGUGUUUCCUGUUCUGCUUUAUUGUCUUUUUUCCUCUAAAUGAGGAUUUCAUAGUAUAUUUAACAGUUUCUAGUUCAAGAAUAGGUCAUUUCAGAUUAGAUUAGAUUAGAUUAGAUUAUGAUCUUGAAAUGCUCAGGACAUUUUUCGAUCUCACUUUUAUUUCGAUCGAGGUGUUUCCAGAGCCGUCAUUUCACUUAUUUUAUUUAAAUUUUUUUUUCGAGAAUGAAAAGCUGUUGCAUUUCAAGAAUAUAAAAAAUAUAUUUUCUUAUACUUAAAACUGUGACAGAACUUUAGCGUCAAAUACACAGUGUAGAUACAAGUCAAGAACAACUCCGAUAUUGAGAACGUUGUUUUAAAAAAGGUUGACGUAGAAAUGUAGCAUGUCGUUCAUGUGGACGUUUGCACUUCGAGUUAAAGAAGAACAGAAUCAAACAGGAAAAUCUAAAGUUUUCAUUGUCUUUGUUCAGAGAUCUGUCCAGAGCGAGUUAGUGAGCUGUAGUUUAGUUUUUAAUGGUUUAAAUAAUUGGGUUUUUUUAUUUUAGUUUCACUGUUCUGAUUUUUGUAAUUAAUGGAAUAGACUUCAAAAAAGUGUUUAAUUAUGGAAAGAAAAAUUUCACUGUGAUUAAAAUUAGGCAAAAUCUGUGGUUUUAUACCUGACUGUGCUUUGAAUUUCAUCAUUUCAAUGAAUUUAAAUUGUUGUCUUUUUUUUUUUUUUUUUUGCCUGUUUGGUCACAUUUCUGACUUCAACUUGUAAUAGUCCAGAGUCGAAUCACACUGAGAGUUUGAAUGUGAUAUCAGAUUAGAUUAGAUUAGUUCAGAUUUUUUUUACGUGCAGAAACUUGCUGAUACAGAUAUGUUGCUACUGUUUAGAUUUAGAAAAACACGACACGUACAAGUGAAGAUUUGUGAAAGUUGCAGGUUAGGUUUUUUUUUUGUUUUGUUUUGUUUUGUUUUUUUCUUGGCAGAAAUUUGAAGCACAAACAUCUAAAUGUCUGCAGUUUGAAGCCUUGGAGCUGAUUUGGCUCCAGUACAGGAACACAAACACUUUCUGCAUCAGGUUGGGUAUUUAUU